AUGGCGCGGACUACCUCAUACUUGAUGCUCAUCUCUUGCCUAAUGUUUCUGUCUCAGGGCCAAGGCCAGGAGGAACAGCCACAGCAGCCCUCCCCCAAGAACAGAUGCCCGGAAGGCACCAAUGCUUACGGAUCCUACUGCUACUUCUUUUACCAACACCCUGAGACCUGGGUUGAUGCAGAUCUCUUCUGCCAGAAUAUGCAUUCAGGAAACUUGGUGUCUGUGAUCAACCAGGCUGAGGGUGACUUUGUGGCCUCCCUAAUUAAGGAGAGUGGCACUAAUGACUUACAGGUGUGGAUUGGCCUUCAUGAUCCCAACAAGAACCGCCGCUGGCGUUGGAGCAGUGGCUCCCUCUUCUCCUACAGAUCCUGGGCAGCUGGAUACCCAAGAACUACUAGUCCUGGCUACUGUGUGUGCUUGUCUUCAGACUCAGGAUACAAGAAAUGGAAGGAUGAGUCUUGUGAGAGAAAGUUAUCCUUUGUCUGCAAGUUUAAAAGCUAG